AUAAAAAAAUACUUAAGUAUUGUGCUUUAAAUUGUUUGAUCUAAUUUAUUUGCUUUAAUACAAGCCAUGAGCUGUCAGGAAAAGGACAGAUCUUUGGCAACAGCCACCACUACCGACUGUGAAGAAGAUGAAGACUUUGGACCACUGCCCGUCACAAAACUGGAAGUUAAUGGUAUAACCAGCAAUGAUAUACAACGUUUAAAGGCCGCUGGCUAUCAUACAGUGGAGUCGGUGGCGUUUUCUCCCAAAAAAGAGUUAUUAAACAUUAAGGGCUUUUCCGAUAACAAAGUUGACAAACUACUGGCACAUGCCUCUAGUUUAGUGCCCAUGGGUUUUACAACUGCCUUAUUUUUCUAUCAAAAACGUUCAGAAAUUAUUAUGCUGACCACCGGUUCGAAGGAAUUAGACAAGUUGUUGGGCGGUGGCAUUGAAACAGGUUCGAUUACAGAGUUAUUCGGUGAAUUUCGUUCCGGAAAAACUCAAUUAUGUCACACUUUGGCAGUCACCUGCCAGCUGCCCAUUAGUCAGAACGGUGGAGAGGGUAAAUGUUUGUACAUAGAUUCAGAGGGUACCUUUCGACCAGAACGUUUGGUGGCCAUAGCAGAUCGUUAUAAGUUGGUAAAGGAUGAUGUUUUGGAUAAUGUAGCGUGUGCACGAGCCUUCAACUCGGAUCAUCAAACACAAUUGUUAAUGCAGGGUGCCGCUAUGAUGGUAGAAUCAAGAUAUGCCCUAAUCGUAGUGGAUAGUGCCACUGCGCUAUAUCGUACGGAUUAUGCUGGUCGUGGUGAAUUGGCUGCUCGGCAAAUGCAUUUAGCACGUUUCAUGCGCUUACUGUUACGUCUAGCCGACGAAUUUGGUGUGGCUGUUGUCAUCACCAAUCAGGUGGUGGCUCAAGUUGAUGGCGGCGCCAUGUUUCAGGCUGAUGCUAAGAAACCUAUUGGAGGCAAUAUCAUUGCUCACGCUUCAACUACACGCCUGUCACUGCGCAAAGGUCGUGGUGAAACUCGAAUAUGUAAAAUUUAUGAUUCACCUUGUUUGCCUGAAUCAGAGGCAAUGUUUGCCAUACAACCCGACGGUAUUGGUGAUGCCAAGGAAUAAUUUUGAUCAUGAAUUUUAUAACAUAUUUUUUUGUAGUUUAUAAGUAUAGUUUUUAAGACUGAGUUUAUGAUAAUUUUUUUUCUUUUUUUAAAUUUAAAUAUUUCUAUGUAUUUAUAAAUAAAUUAAGAAAAAUAUUGUUGAUUUACAUUAUGAUGCAUUAAACGAAA